AUGAACUUUCAGCCAUCGCAUUUUGCAUUCGUUCGUCCUCUGUCCUCCCUCCAGUCGCCUGUCCGCUCCCCUCCCGUCAACUUCGCGCCUCUCUCUCCUUUUCCCCUGUCGCCCUCUCUUUCUCCCCUCCCUCCCGUCGCCCUCGCUCUCCCCCCUCCCCUCCCGUCGCCCUCUCUUUCUCUCGCCUUCACGCUCUCCCUCCCGUCGCCUUCGCGCUCUCCCUCCCGUCGCCUGUCCGCCCUCCCUCCCGUCGCCUUCGCGCUCUCCCUCCCGUCGCCUGUCCGCUCUCCCUCCCGUCGCCUGUCCGCUCUCCCUCCCGUCGCCUUCGCGCUCUCCCUCCCGUCGCCUGUCCGCUCUCCCUCCCGUCGCCUUCGCGCUCUCCCUCCCGUCACCUUCAGACUCUCCCUCCCGUCGCCUGUCCGCUCACGGUCCCGUCGCCUGUCCGCUCUCCCUCCCGUCGCCUGUCCGCUCUCCCUCCCGACGCCUGUCCGCCCUCCCUCCCGUCGCCUUCUCGCUCUCCCUCCCGUUGCCUGUCCGCUCUCCCUCCCGUCGCCUGUCCGCUCUCCCUCCCGUCGCCUGUCCGCUCUCCCUCCCGUCGCCUUUGUGCUCUCCCUCCCGUCGCCUUCGCACUCUCCCUCCCGUCGCCUGUCCGUUCACGGUCCCGUCGCCUGUCCGCUCUCCCUCCCGUCGCCUGUCCGCUCUCCCUCCCGUCGCCUGUCCGCUCUCGCUCCCGUCACCUUCGCGCUCUCCCUCCCGUCGCCUUCGCGCUCUCCCUCUCGUCGCCUUCGCGCUCUCCCUCCCGUCGCCUUUCUCCUUCCCCAGUUCAUCUCCUAUCGCUCACGUCCUCCCCUCCCAUCGGCAUCGCGCUCAAGUUCCUCCCUCCCGUCGCCAUCGUGCUCACGUGCACCUGUCUUCGCAUCGCCUUCGCGCUCACGGCCUCCCCUCCGAUCACGUCUCGCGCCAUAA